CUACCGAGGGAGGCACACUUUGAACCUGUGAGGCUGUACUGAGGGCAGGACACAGGCUCACGCCCCGCAUUUUGAUUCCCACAGGUUGCGGUGACUGCAGCGUGCACACAGUCAGCCAUGGCCUCAGACGAACCUAAAGCAAAGAAACAAAAACUCUCGGAGGAGAAAAAGGAGGAGGAGAAGAAGACAGAGACUCCGAGUGAAGAGACUCCCGUCAAACUAAGCGCUAACACACUCUUUGGAAUGGGAAACCCCUUAUUGGACAUCUGUGCUGUAGUGGACAAAGACUUCUUGGACAAGUACACUCUGAAACCCAAUGACCAGAUCCUGGCAGAGGACAAACACAAAGCACUAUUUGAGGAGAUAGUGAAGAAGUUCAAAGUUGAGUACCACGCCGGGGGAGCCACACAGAACUCCAUAAAGGUUGCUCAGUGGAUGAUCCAAGAACCUCAUAAUGUGGGCACGUUCUUUGGCUGCAUCGGCAAAGAUAAGUUUGGAGAGAUCCUGAAGCAGAAGGCUGAGGAGGCCCACAUCGAUAGCCACUACUAUGAGCAAGAUGAAGAGCCCACAGGCACAUGCGCUGCUUGCAUCACCGGAGAUAACAGGUCCCUGGUAGCUAACUUAGCUGCUGCUAACUGUUAUAAGAAGGAUAAACAUCUAGACCUGGAAGAAAACUGGAAGCUGGUGGAAAAAGCAAAAGUCUACUAUAUUGCUGGUUUCUUCCUGACUGUCUCCUUGGAGUCCAUCCUGAAAGUGGCGAAGCACGCGUCUGAAAAUAACAAGCUGUUUUGCCUGAACCUCUCUGCGCCCUUCAUCUGCCAGUUCUUCAAGGAUAACCUCAUGCAGGUCAUGCCCUACGUUGACGUGCUCUUCGGCAAUGAAACGGAGGCAGCUGCAUUUGCUAAAGAGCAAGAGUUUGAGACCAAGGACAUUAAGGAAAUUGCCAAGAAAGCCCAGGCUUUGCCCAAAGUCAACACAAAGAGGCAGCGGGUUGUUGUUUUGACCCAGGGGAAAGAUGAAACUACCAUGGCCAUGAGCGACAAGGUCAAGACAUUCCCCGUACUGAAGAUUGACCCCAAGGACAUUGUUGACACCAACGGUGCAGGCGAUGCCUUUGUCGGAGGAUUCCUGUCUGAACUGGUGCAGGACAAACCGUUGGAUCAGUGCGUGAAGGCGGCACACUACGCCGCCAACGUCAUCAUCAGACAAGCAGGUUGCACCUUCCCAGAAAAACCCAACUUCAAAUGAGCAGUCUGGACAACUUGUCCUUCACCCUGAAACCUCAUACUCAUCCUGCCGCACACGACUGACUUAUAAUUUCCACAAUUUUCAACAAUUUUCUGCAAUUCUCAGUCCUCAUCAUUUUUUUUAAUCCGUCCAUUUCAUCUACGCACAAUUUCUUAUCAAUGUUUAGUUGGGUACCUCCUGUCGUGUCUCCUUGAUGUUGUCCACUUGGGGCCACUAGACGAUCAGCGCUCAAGGGAAGAUAUGUUUCUGUGUAAAUGACCGUGAAGAAAUCAUGAUAACACCAGGGCAUGUGAUAAUUGUGCUUUACCUAAAGGAUCUAAAUUUUGAUGUUUUCAUGGACAGUCAUUUUGGGAUUUGUUUCUAAGACACCCAUCAGACUGCUGUGUUGACAUCUCACAAAGUGUCUUCCCCUUGGAGACUGAAUCAACGCACAAGAAGUUACUUCCACAUUGGGAAGACCCAUAACACGUCAACAGAGGACACCACUGUCAAAGGAGGUUUGGAUACUGCCGUAAAAUGUGCAGUAGUGAUUCUUUUAACUUUUUUGUUUUAAAGAUUAAUUAUUCCAGAUUAUGAAUUUUGACUUGUUUUAAUUAAUUUAACAGGCCAGUCAUGAAACCAAAUGGGCUUUUUUUCUUUUAAGUGCACACUUUGUUUGAAAUGUGUCAAAGUCUCUGUCCUGUGAGUGAUCACUGUUAAAUGUCAACUGUAUACAAAUGUCAACUGUAUUGUGUCAGUGAAAUUCAUAAGUUACCUCGACGUGAUAUAUGAGCUUUAUUCAGGCUCAUUUUUAUUCACCCGAGUUUGUGUUAUAGCGGUCUGCACAACAUUGAAUACUUGAAUACAACUAUCCUGAAUAUAGACAUACUCUCUAAAUGUUUCAUCAUAACAGGCAAGAAUGUGCUGUUUUUUCUGAAUACUACAAGAGAUGAUGUGAAUCUUGUAUGUGUAUUGUCCUUCCAGUAGACUGAUUCUUUCUAUGUUCAAAUACACCAAAAUGCCUUAUGUGACAUUUUAUCCUGGCUCUCAGCAGCACUGAAGUUGCCCAUCUCUGUGCGCAACUGAUGAUUCUGAAAAUUCACAAAUAAAACUUUCAGUGUUGAUCCU